UAGAAAGAAGGGGAAGAAGUGUCCAAGAUGGGGCUACGUGACUAAGAACAUUGUCCCACAGUAAGCGUUAUGCAUGCUCGAGGUCUCUCGAGGUUACUCCGUCGGGGGCUCGGUAGACAUGAAACCUCCGACAUCCAGUUGGGGUUUAUUUCCCCCAAGGCCCCAACACCAACAUCCACAGCUGUCGGGAUUCUCCGAAAGGGGAAUAUGUGGAGUCUUUCAAGGCUCCCCAAGCUCGCUCUUGGAAGAUGGUUUGCUGUUUCCGACCUAGUCACCAUGUGGAUGGUGGUCUUGUGCAGCUGCAAGUUCGACUGUUGGGAGGUACCGCUGGCCAUGUGGAGCUGCACACUGAGCAAGCGAUUGACCCACGGAUAAACAGACCAUCAGAGGGGAUCGCCUGAUGAUCGCGAGAUUGUCAUGAACAUUGGGCAUACACGAUAUUUAUGCGGGACUGCACAAGAGCAAUUAAUUGGCCUGGCUCCGUUCCAGUGUCUCUGGAUAUCGGCCGACAAUUCGGAAUCGGGCCGAAUCUCUUUCGUCCCCUUGCCGAUGGACAAUCUCAAUUGACCACCAGCCUUGCUGUUCUAGGCUCGAAUUCCUGGGAUCUUUUGGUAUGUAUAUUGUGCUUACUCUGAACUAUUUCUUGCUUCGAUGUAAGUCUCAUGACUUGAUAUAAUCAUAGAACACAUCAGAAGACUCUAUCAAGCCACAUGGCGUGCCAUAUCCCUACCAGGCUUUAUAGGAAGCCUCUAGGUAUGCGUUGUUGGAAUUGUGGAAGCUCUUACACCCUCGCAUGAUCCUAAUGUUGUGUUCGUUGAGAGCACUGGAUCUAUCUGUUCAAUAUCCCAUUUGCAAGCCCAGCUGCCAUUGCUUGUCUAAGAUGGGACUCGCUGAAUUGCUAUCCGACGCUAUGAGAGUGGUGACAUGAAGAUAUAAAAGGUUGAGAGGACCAUAUGCCUGCCUCAACAGCAGAGCACCAGACUGCUACUUGUAGCCUUGUGAUUAUCUACAGGUAGUGGCGACUCAAGUUUCCGGGUAGCUUGACGCAUCUUGGUAGACCCCCCUAUCAAACUGACUUGAUUUGAGACGAUGCGGCGGAU